AUGGACUCUGCUGAAGAUAUUUUCGAUUCAUCGCUAAAUCUAGAAGAAACCCAUUACCAAGAAGGUUACAAAGAAGGCUACAACCACGGCGUAACGACCGGCAAGGAAGAGGGAAAGGAAGUGGGUCUUAAAACUGGCUUCGAAACAGGAGAAGAGCUCGGUUUCUACAAGGGCUGUGUCGAUGUGUGGAACUCUGCCAUUCAAAUCGAUCCAACCCGGUUCUCCACUCGGGUUCAAAAGGGGAUUAAGCAAAUGCAGGAACUAAUCCAGAAGUACCCUGUUAUGGAUCCCGAAGACGAAAGCGUCCAAGAAAUUAUGGAAGCUUUGAGGCUUAAGUUUAGGGUUAUCCGUGCAGCUUUGGGUGUUAAAUUGGAAUAUCUUGGAUACCCAAAACCUAAAGACAUCGAAUUUUGA